AUGAAUACCACCGAAAACAAAAAGGAUAUUUCAGCACAAAAGAGGAGCCCUCCAAUUGCCAACAAUUCCACAGAAAAUUCCAAAGAAAUCCUUCUUUCUGAUAAAGUCUCCCGGCCCUCUCAUCUCUCAUCAACUAACCAGAAGGCGAAGGUUAGCUCCCGUCGAGCUACAACAACAAUGACGACAAAUGAGUAUAAAUCAACUUUUCCAGACUCUGAUACAGAACAAAGUGAUACAUCUACAACUUCGUCUUCCUCCUUGGAUGUACCAAAUAAUCAAAUUCCUCCAGAAAUGCAAUCAUCUGAAUACCGAGUAUCAUCUACGUCUACUGAGCUUCCACCCCCUAGUCUUGAUGAAACUUCCACACCAACAAAUGAUGCUAUAGGAUCUAUGGAGAAAACAAUGUGUAAUAGCUGUACAGAAAGGGUUGAAUCGACACCAAAGACCCUUGAAAACUCAACGUUGGUCGAUUCAGAAGCUUCGUCUGAUCAGCCACCUGAAGAUGCUGGAACAAAUUUGAUUGUGAAUUAUUUGCCUCAAAAUAUGACACAGGAAGAAAUCAAAAGUCUUUUUGCAAGUAUAGGAGAGGUAGUGAGCUGCAAACUUAUUCGGGACAAAUCAACUUGUCAAAACCUCGGAUAUGGAUUCGUUAAUUAUGUAAAUGCAAAAGAUGCUGAGAGGGCAAUCACUACUCUCAAUGGUCUUCGCUUACACAAUAAAACAAUCAAAGUUUCAUUGGCUCGACCAAGCUCGGAAUCGAUAAAGGGGGCAAAUCUUUAUAUAUCUGGUUUGCCAAAACCCUAUACACAACAGGACAUGGAAAAACUAUUUACCUGCUGUGGAAAAAUUAUAACCUCACGAAUUCUUUAUGAUAGCAAUACAGGUCUUUCCCGUGGAGUCGGCUUCAUCCGAUUCGAUCAGCGAUCUGAGGCUGAGCAUGCGAUUCGGCAUCUUAACGGAAUCGUACCUCCAGGUUUCACAGAUCCCAUUACAGUUAAGCUUGCCAAUUCUCCCUCAGGAGGCGGAGGCUGCAAGAGUGGUAUGUCAAGCGUGGUCGGUGGAUUGGUCACCCCAGCAAUAAUGCAUCCAAAUUAUCACCAGCAUCACCAAGGUCUUCUACUGGCUGCAGCAGCUGCAGCGGCGACUUCUGCUGGAUCAAACGAUGGAAAGCCAAUUCCACCUCAGACUACAUUACCCCCACCUCCACAUUCGGCGCCACCUCUCGCUGGAAUUACUUUUAUGUAUCAGGUUGGACAAUGA